CCGUCGAAGAUUGCUGCUCAUUGAAAUAUCUUUGACAGUAAAGGUUUGUUGAUUGUUGUUUACUGUGGGAAGUGUGGAACACGUGCGAGUGUAUGAGGUGUGUUCGGGUGAUUAGUGAGACGAAGUUCAGUUACUGACUACCAUGCAAGUUUCUAAUCCAAAUAACGUGAAGAUCUACAAUUUGAGUAUUGGGAAAUCACUGCCGGACUGGCUGUCAGAGAGAAAAAGGAGAGCACUUCAGAAGAAGCAUGUUGAUAUUCGAAGGCGGAUAGAACUUAUCCAAGAUUUUGAAAUGCCUGGACUGAGUACAUCUGUGAGACUUUCGAAAGAUGGGAACUAUAUUUUAGCAACAGGGAUCUACAAGCCCCGUGUUAGGUGCUUUGAUGUGAACAAUCUUUCAAUGAAAUUUGAGAGAUGUUUUGAUUCUGAAGUUGUAACAUUUGAGAUACUUUCAGAAGACUAUAGUAAGGUGGUGUUUCUACAAUGUGAUCGUUACAUUGAGUUUCAUGCAGCCCAUGGCCGAUAUUACAGGCUGAGAAUACCAAAAUUUGGAAGGGAUAUGAAAUAUCAUUACCCGUCAUGUGAUUUAUAUGUAGUUGGAGCAAGUUCUGAAAUUUAUCGACUAAAUCUUGAGCAAGGACAGUUUCUGCCUCCAUUGGUCUCUGAGGCAUCAGAGAUAAAUAAAUGUGCCAUCAAUCCAGUUCAUCAUUUGGUGGUAUGUGGAUCCAAGGAGGGGAAGUUAGAAGCUUGGGAUCCUAGAACAAGAGGAAAAGUUGGAACAUUAGACUGUGCUCUCGAUUGUGCUGGUGAGUCACAACUUGAUGGCUUCCCUUCCAUCACUGCAAUAAAUUUUCAUGGCGGCUUGACAGUUGGUGUGGGCACAGCUACAGGCCAAGUUUUAUUGUAUGAUAUACGCUCAGAUAAACCUUUCUGUGUGAAAGAUCACAUGUAUGGAUUACCAAUUUUGGAUGUCCAUUUUCAUGAAAAGCAAGAUCUUGUAUUAUCUAUGGACAGAUCCAUUGUCAAGAUAUGGGACAAGACAUCUGGAAAACUUUUCACAUCAAUAGAAGCAGCAGUAGACUUCAAUAACCUUUGCCUUGUCCCAAACUCAGGAAUGAUGUUUGUUGCCAACGAAGGAGUUAAAAUUCAGACGUACUAUAUACCCAGUAUGGGACCAGCACCAAAGUGGUGUGGAUUUCUGGACAGUUUAACUGAAGAACUUGAAGAAAAUCAAUCAGAAACUGUAUACGAUGAUUAUAAAUUUGUAACAAGGAAAGAACUAGAAGAGCUGGGAUUAGAUCAUCUUAUGGGCACAAAUCUUUUGAGGGCAUACAUGCAUGGUUUCUUUGUGGAUAUUAGACUCUAUAGGAAGGCAAAAUCUGUGGCAGAACCAUUUGCAUUUGAGCAAUAUAAGAAGAAAAGAAUCAGAGAAAAAAUUGAAGAAGAAAGAGCAAAUCGCGUGAAGUUACAGAAAUUACCAAAGGUAAAUAAGGAUCUUGCUCUAAAACUUAUGGAUGAAGAAACAAAUGUAAAGAAAAAGAAGAACACAGGUACAAAUUUACUUAAGGAUGAGCGUUUCAAAGCACUUUUUGAAAACCCAGAUUUUGAAGUUGAUAAAAAUGCUGAGGAAUACAGACUUUUGAAUCCUGUAGUGUCCAGGCUUGACAAGGCACGUAAGAAAGAACUCAAGAAACAAAUACUUACCCAACAGUUUGAACAGAUUGAUGAUGAACCAGAAGGAAGACCCAGCUCUGAUGAACAAUCUGAUGAUGAAUCCAGUUCAGAUGAUGAUAGAGAAUGGACAAAGGAACUUAAGCGGCAGCAUCGUUUAUUGCGACGGGAAGCAAGGCAAGAGGUAGUGGAAGAGGAAGAAAAGCCAAGUAAUGAAGCAACAUCUAAACCAAAAUUUUUUGAAAUAAGAGAAGGAGAAGAGUUCAAGGGAAUCAACGCAGCAUCCUAUCAGAAAAAAAAUAGAGCAACACUAGGCGAAAGGUUGCAGAAGGAAUCUAAAAGCAGUGUCAGAAUUCUUGGGGCAUCUGGAAGCAGAGAGAUGACAUUUACUAUACGUAAGAAUGACAAAUAUUCAAAAAUGAAAAAGCAAGCAGAGCUCCAUAAAGAAGAACGACGUAAACUUUCAAGACCUGCAAGAGGCCUACGUACCAAAGGGAAGUCCAAGUUCUGGAUGGGAAGGCGAACAUUGUAGGAUAGGAGCUGCUGGAAAUUGGAAGAUCUUUAGUUCCAGAUAAAGAUUUUGUUUGCAGUGUAUAUUUUGUACAGAAAUAUAUAUAAUUAUUUUUUUAGAAACAA